GUUAUACUACGGAUAAUCAGAAGGGACAAACUUCAUGAACGCGUUUUUAUAUAUAUAUAUAUGAUUGUUUUUUUUUAUCCGUAGCAUCUUAUCUAUCCAACUUUCAUUAAAGUAAGGCAGCAACUAUUAAUCUAUGUGAUUUUGAUUUAAUGCCAAUUUUAAAUGCUAUUUUAUGCAUAAUCCAAUAAUAAAAUAUUUUCACAGAGGGGAAUUAUUUUCAAGACGCACCAAAAUGGAGGCUCCCAGUAGUAAACACACAUGUCCAGAAACAGCUGAGAAGAAAGAGGAUCCCGGAGCUGCUCCAUAUGGAAAUUUUAUAAAUUAUUAUACAUUUAAUCCGCCAGAGAAUCGUCUGAGUUUGAUCCCGAGCUCUCUGCUGGAGGAUGUGGGAUAUCAGCCGGACAGAGAGCCGGUGCUGGUGCUCGAUGUGGGCUGUAACUCCGGGGACUUAUCUAUUGCCCUCUAUAAACAUCUUCUUCAAGAUCAGCCAUCUGAAAGUGACCGUUCCAAAAGGAUUCACCUACUUGGAUUUGACCUGGACGAGAACUUAAUCCUGCGGGCCCAAAACUCUAACCCAUUCCCCCAAAACAUUCAGUUUAUUCCACUUGAUAUCACCAGUCAGGACAGCCACACUGAACUUGCUUCCUAUCUGAAGAAGUUUGGCCUCAGUCGCUUUCACCUGUGUUCCUGUUUUGCUGUAACAAUGUGGGUUCACCUGAAUCACGGAGAUGCUGCGUUAUUAGCUUUCCUCUCACGGCUCGCCUCAGUCAGCAAGUGCCUGUUACUGGAGGCACAGCCGUGGAAAUGCUAUCGCUCGGCUGCUCGACGGUUACGGAAGCUCGGACGCAGUGACUUUGACCACUUUAAGACUCUGGAGAUCCGUGGGGAUAUGGCAGCUCAAGCUAAAGAGCAUUUAGAAAAGCAGUGUGGAAUGGAGCUGGUUCAGAGUUUUGGUAGUACAUCCUGGGACCGGAGCCUUUUAUUGUUCAAGAGACGACGAUGCAGUGACCAGUAACCUGUUGUGACAAGAAACAAAAUUUUAUGUAGGCCUUGUAGAUUAAUUUUAAAUGAAAUUCUAAGGCAAAAAUAAAGCCAUUGUGCCAUUU